AACAGAGCCAGCCAUUUUUUUUUUUUUUGGUAAAGACUCAACCUAUGCUUGAUUUUUUAAAUGUUAUGUGUGAAAAUAAUUUGAAUUCUUUUCUUGUUUUUCAUUCAUGCAUUGUACUCUAUACAGUUUGAACAUCCACAGGUCAUGAUCACUCUUGCUUUAUAUAGUAUUUCUCACCUGUCUGGAGUCUGUUUUCCCUUGUGUGUGGCCAGAUGUGCACCCAUUCUGCAGUUCUCAGUAUCUUUCUGCAUUUCCAUUCCUCUGUCUAGUAUCCCUUACUUCUUCCUCAAGAACUUCUUUUAGGGUAUAUUUAGUGUAGUGAUGAAUUCUCUCAGUUUGUGUUUUCUCUGCGUGUGUGUGUGUGUAAAUUCUUUCUUGUUGGGUUAAGUGUUCUAUAUAUGUUAAUCAAACUUGUAAAUGAUGUUGUUCAGAUGUUUAUAUUCUUACUGACUUGUUGGCUAAUUCUUCUGUCUGCAUACAGAGAGGUAUGUUAAAGCUUCUUAUUCUGUGGUGGAUUUGACUGUCUUCACUAGUUCUGUCACCUUUUGAAGUUGGGAGCUUACAUUGGACUAUGAUAUUUUGGACCAGUAAUCAGCAGGAGACUCUCAGUGUGGGUGGGUAAGUAUAAGUUUUUCCAAUUCCUUAGGUCAAGGGCCCACUUUUCAGUUGACAGGGUGGUGAUUAUUUUAUUUUACAAACAGCAAGGGUUUCUUUGUUCUUAUACUUCCUGUGCCUUUUCUCUCUUCCUCAGGGUUUAUGCUUUGCCUUCUUCUAGUUUUUUUUCCCUUGUAGAAAUUCCUGCUAAAUGUGGAGCACUUUUCUUUUUGAGCUAAAAUAUUUGGGGUAUAUUCAAAGUUCUCCCACUGUUAGGACUUCUCACUAUUUCCAGUUUUUCUCAACUACAUCAACAGCCCCACUGCCAGGCUGCAAUCUUGUGAUUACUGAUCCUAAUUGUGUGUUUUUAUCCUCUCCUUACACAAUAUUUGAAGUUUCUGGGAUUUGCAUCUCUUAAUUUUACUGAAGGUUUGGGUGGCCAGGAAGGUGCUGGUUUCCUGGGGCUUUUAUGUAUCUUAGAAGAAGAGGCAAAAAAUCCUCACAAGGCUAUAUCUGCAUUGCUUCCAGAACCUGGAAUUAUAAGCUCAACAAUUCCUCUUACUUGUGUGUCUUAAAUUUGCCCAACCUUGGAUUCUAAUAUAUUUGUGAGGUUAUGGUCAUGUCCCACAUCUCCUACUUUAAAAAGUUCUCUUUAUAGCUGCUUUUAUUAAUCUAAUGUCAUUUUACUACAUAUGAAUUUAUGAGGUAUGUUAAUCUUCAAUUUUAUUGUAAGUAAAUUUAGCUUUACUGCUCCUAAAUAUUCUUUACAUUGUAGCUCACUCCUAGGGUCUUCCAAAUAGUAAUCUUGCCUUACUUAACAUCCAUGAUGUAAAAUUAAAAAUUCAGAAAAAUUAACUCACUGUUAUUGUUACAUUUGCUCCCCAGGCAAUGGAGAACGUCACUACAGUGAGUGAGUUUCUCUUACUUGGCCUGACCAGUGUUCAGGAUCUGCAGCCUUUCUUCUUUGUGCUUUUCUUAAUCAUUUACUUGAUAAGCUUGGUUGGAAAUGGAGCUAUAUUGGUGAUCAUUAUUUUGGAGCCCAAACUCCACUCCCCCAUGUAUUUUUUCCUGGGAAACCUUUCUUGUCUGGACAUCUGCUAUUCUUCGGUGACACUGCCCAAGCUGCUUCUAACCCUCUUGUCCACUCGCAGGGUCAUAUCUUUCCUAGGCUGCAUCACUCAGCUACACUUCUUCCACUUUCUGGGCUGUUCUGAGGCCAUCUUGCUGGCCAUUAUGGGCUUUGACCGAUUCGUGGCCAUCUGCUACCCACUUCACUAUGCCGUGCUCAUGAACCACCAGGUGUGUGUCCUCUUGGCUGCCGUAGCCUGGCUCACCAGCUUCCUUUAUGCUCUGAUGCAUUCUGUCCUGACUGCACGCCUGAACUUCUGCCACUCUCUGAAACUCCACCACUUCUUCUGCGAUGUGAAGCCUCUCCUGGAACUGGCCUGUGGUGACACGCAGGUCAAUCAAUGGCUUAUUUCCAUCAUCACAGGUGGUAUUUCCAUGGGUGCCUUCUUCCUGACUCUUCUCUCUUACCUCUAUGUCGUUGGUUUCCUUCUGUUUGAGCAUCAGUCCUGCAGCACACUUCACAAGGCUCUGUCCACAUGUGCUUCGCACCUCAUGGUGCUGUGUCUUUUCUAUGGGCCUGUGGGCUUCACAUACAUCCGUCCAGCCUCAGCCACUUCCAUGGUUCAGGAUCGGAUGGUGGCUGUUAUAUACAGCGCAGUCACCCCAGUGCUGAACCCACUGAUAUACACUCUUAGGAAUAAGGAAGUGUGGUUGGCUCUGAAGAAGAUCUUCAGGAGGAAGUUUUGUUGAAAGACUGCCAGGAGCACCUCUGGGACUAACAGGGUAGAUGUCUGACGUCCAUUAAGAGUCAUCCCUUCGUUGUGGUGAAUGGUCUACUUGAUUUGUUUUUCUCUCAGGGAUUUGUAGCACUUGCCACUGUGUUCUGCACUUAUUUAUGUAUAAUCAUUCUUGGUUCAGUAUUUAUUCACUGAUUUACUUAAGAAAUGGUCAUUGAGCGUAUGUUAUAUCAGACAAUGUAGUAGGGGCAGAAAAUACAGGAGUGAGAAAAACUCCACAGUCUUGUGAAAAUCAGUUUAGUGUAAUGGGGACCACCCAACAAGCAAACCUGUAAGUAAACAUGUAAGGAUAAUAGUAUGGGAUUGAGAACUAAAAGGAGGUAGGAAGGAUGAGGAGCAAAUGGGAUGGGCACAUAUGAUAUAAUAAAGAAUUUAUGUGCUCUCUGUCCUGAGUUUCUGAAAUAGAGCUUCUAAAACUCUCAGAAUUCCCCAAGUGGCAGUGUCUUUGUUAUUCAUAAACCACUUGGAUCACACCUGGGGUUAUGCUCAUAAGAUGACCUUAUAUGGGCCCCAAGACAGCUUCAGGAUGGGGCUGGUCCUGCCAGAAACACCAACCAUAUGGCUAGAGGUUUGCAGCUUUGAGUCAUAGUGAUACAAACCUGACUUCCAGAGAGGAAGGAGGCUGGAGGCUGAGCUCAGCUACGUGGCCAGUGAUUCUGUCAGUCACACCUGUAUAACAGAACCUUAAUAAAAAGGAUACCAUGGCCAAACAACCUUCUUUGGUUGGCACUGUACACUUUGAACAUUGUGAUGGUUAUUUUUAUGUGUCAACCUGACUGGGCUAAGGGAUGCCCAGAGAGCUGGUAGAAUGUUAUUUCUGGGUGUGUCUGUGUGAGGGUGCUUCUGAAAGAGAUAAGUGUCUGAACUGGUAAACUGAGAAGCUGAGCCAAGAAGCCCCCCCCCCCCCCACGAAUGCAGAUGGGCAUCAUACAAUCCACUGAGGUCCUGAUUAGACUGAAAAGAUGGAAGAAGGGUGUAUGUUGAUAUUGAGCUAUUAUAACUAACCAAUUCUUAGUGGGUAGAAACACCACAUUUCCUUAGAUAUGUAAUUAACAGAGUAUCCAUCAGACAAGAUUCUGUACCAGACAGCAAGGUUGAAAUGAAAAUUAAGGGCAUCUGACUUGUGUGGGUUGAUGGUAAUGGAAAAUGGAUCAUAGGAUCUCCAGUUCUCUGAGUUCUUUGUCCAUGUUGGAUAUUAACAGCUUAUCAGAAAUGUACAGAGCAGUAGCAGAUGGCAGUGCAGCUCCAAUGAUGGAUGGGCCAAAGGGGGGACACAGGACAGAUUCCUGGGGGUUCUUCUUUUUUCCCCAAGUGGUGAAAUGUCUCUGAGGUGAUCCUUCUUAGCAUCAAGCUGCUCUGGAUGUGUAAUGGGAUGAAGCAGGUAAAAUUAUUCCUAUGCUUUCCUAUGUAGUUUGCUCAGUUAAGUUUUGGGGUAGUCAAAAUUUACAUGUUUGUGCUCCUAAGCCCCAUGUUGUCCAAGGUCAGCUGUAAAUGACAGACACUAACAAGAGAACAUAAAACUCAUCAAAACAACUUUGGGUUUUUGAAAAUGUAACCAAAAGUUGACAAUCCUUUACCUAGAUAAACCAAGAAAGAGAAGAUUCAAAUAAAUACAAGUAUAAAUUAAAGGGGAGACAAGCUUGAUACCACAAAAAUACACAGAGACUUAUGAACAGUUGUUCACUUUGGAUAGCUUAGAAAAAAAUGAAAAAAUUCCUAAAAACACACACCCUAAUCUGAACAGACCAAUGAUGAUUAAGGAGAUUACAGCAGGGUUAAAAGCCCUCCCCCAAAAGAUCAAUCAGCUCUACAGAUUUCUAUCAAACACUUAAAUAAGAAUUAAGUCAUUCCUCCUCAAAUUAUUCUAAGAGAAGGGAACACUUCAAAACUCAUUUCAUGGGCAAGCAUUAACCUCAACCAAAGCCAAACAAGUUACAGGCCAAUAUCCCUGAUAAAUACAGGGAUUUCCUCAGUAAAAUACUAGAAAAUGGGAUUCAACAGCAUUUGUAAAGGAUCAUACAGCAUUAUUAAGUGGGAUCAAUCCCUGGAUUGAAAGGGUGGUUCAAAAUACACAAAUCAGUAAAUGUGAUGCACCACAUUAACAGAAUGAAGGUUUAAAACUGUAUGUUCAUCUCAGUGAAUAAAGAAAAUGCAUUCGACAAAAUAUAAUAUCCUCAGAUCAGACUAGGACUUCAAUAUUCAGGUGAAUACCUGAUAGUGUAUUAUUGGAAAGUGAUGUCAUCAUACUGCCCACUAACAAAAAGAAAUCAGGGAUAAGUAGAUGUAUGAGUAGAUAAGAAAAAAUGAAAACAAUCAGCAUGAAAAUGGACAACAAACCUAACCUCAGUUAUUAGUAUUUAUUGAACAACUGGCCACAGACUAUUGUCACGCUGCUUGGUGCGACACAAGACUGAAAGCAUUACUCAGAGUCCAGAUGGUUUGAAAUGAUGAGAGGCUGGAGGGACUGCACCAAGAAAAACUUCCUUAAGCAAGAGAGGGCUGGGUAGCUCUCUUGUAUUUAUUGGGGAGUGAACAAUAGUAUGUGGAAAUGAAAGGAGAAACAUAAGUUAAUAAAUCAUGUGAGACAUACCAUGACUUAACUAUGUGAGUGUCUAUGCAUAUACAUUGGCAAACUCACGAAGAAUGCACGGGGCAAAGUAAGGGGUAAAGGUGGACUCAACCUUCCUUAGUAACCUGAGCAUUUCAUCCUGGAAAGAAAAACCCUUCUGCUUCUUCCAGCACAUCUUGUGUUCCCUUGGUUGAGCAGUUACUGUGUUCAGCACGUGCUGCAUUCAGCACGCACUGCUCUUGCCCUACUUUAUCUCUCCUGUCCUCUGUACUCCCACAGACUAUAUGAAAAACAUACAAUGUUCAUGGAGAACAUUUCCAGAAUUUAGUAAUUCAGGGAAUUAGAAACCAUAAAAAAUAAAAUUUCAGAUUUGGAAAACAAACAAAUAACCACAACGACAAGAAACACUAGAAAUUCCAGAAUGGAAAAUUUUAAGAACUCAAAUUAGGAGCUGAGCAGAUGGAUUUAAUAGCAGAUUAGACAUGCCUCUAGCAAAACUCAAGGAACUGGAUGUCACCAAGAACAAAGCGCAAAGAACGUACUGCACACAGAACAAAGAACAUGCCUUAAGCAAAAUUUGAACGUGGUGGUUAAAAAUAUGCCAAACUGGAGGUACCUGGGUGGCUCAGUUUGUUAAGUGUCCAACUUCUGCUCAGAUCAUGAUCUCAUAGUUUUUGUGAGUUCAAGCCCCGUGCCAGACUCAUGUUGACAGCUCAGAGCCUGGAUCCUGCUUUGGAUUCUGUGUCUCUCUCUCUCUGUCUCAAAAAUAAAUAAACUUAAAAAUAUUCCAAACUGGAAAACAUUAAUCAGUUCUUAAAAAGCCCAAGUAAACCCAGGCAUGACAAAUAAUAAAUUCUAUACACAAACAUAUUAUCUUGAGAUUGAAGAAGAGUGUGGCAAAAGAAAACUUAAAAACAAGAACAAUAACCUCCAAAAGAACCAUAGGAAGAUUGAAAGAUGAUUUUUUUCAACAGUAACAACAGACUAGAUUAUUUUUAAGAGAGUAAAAUAAUACCUUCAGUGGGUGAAAAAAAGAACUAGAAUCCUAGAAUUUUCUACAUAAUGCAGUAUUCUCAAAAAUGAAAGUUAAAUAAAGACAAUUUCAGAUAAAUACAAGUUGACAUCUCACUAGUAGCAAACAGGGCAGAAAAGGAUCACAAGUGGAUGGUUUCUAAGUAGGAUGAGAGAAUCAAGAAUUUAAAUAUGUUGGUAAAUCUAAAUGAAUGUGUACUGCAUAAAAUAAUAAUAAAGGUAGUAUGCUGUGAAGGUUGAAUUACUUAUAGAAUUAAUAUCCGUUACAGCAAUAGCCUUCUCCUGUUGGGAGAAAGUAAGUGGAAUUAGAAGGUCCCAAAGUAUUGUGCUGGAGGGGGGUAAAAUACCAACUAACAACUGAGUUUUAUCAACCAAGGAUGCGAUUUUUUGUUUAAGGCAUAACCACCAAUGACCAGGUAAAGAAUGUAUAGCUUCUAAAUUGAUAAAGGUUGUAAAUAAUUCAAAGUCUAUAAAAAGAGAGGAACAAAGGAAAGAAAAGGACAUAGGACAAGGGACAGAAAGAAAAUACAAAAUGAGAUAGGAGAUUUAAACUCCCAAAUACCAGUUCUUACUUUAAACUUAAAUGGAUGACGUACUUCAGUUAAAAGGCCAGAGUGUCAGGCUGGUAGGAAAAAAUCCCUGACAAGUCGAUGUUGCUUACAAGAGCUACAUCAUCCCAACCAGAAAGGUGCAGAAAAGCUAAAUGUAAAAGACAAUGAAAGUUAUAUCAUGCAAAUAUUAACAAAAGGAAAGGUUGUAUAUCUAUAUUUAUAGCAGAACACAAUUUUUAGGAUGAAUGGUAUUAUCAGAAUGUGAUGGUUAUAUUUAUGUGUCAACUUGACUGGGCCAUGGUUUUCUCAGAUAGCUGGCAAAAUAUCCAAAUAUGCUGGAUGUUUCUAUGAAGGUGUUUUUGUAUGAGAUUCACAUUUAAAUUGGUAGACUUGUAAAGUAGACUGACAUCUGUAAUGUGGGUGGGCCUCAUGUAACCAGCUGAAGGUCUGAAAAGAACAAAAGGCUGACUCUUCCUAAGCAAGAGACUUCUCCUGCCUGAGAGCCACUGAAUGGGGACAUCAGUGCCAACUGCUGGCUGUCAGACUUGAACUGGGUGCAGCUUGUGGACUUGAUGGCCUCCAUAAUGACGCUGGCCAAUUCCUUAUGAAAAAUUUCUUGAUGGAUAGAUAGAUAGAUGAUAGUUAUAGAGGUGAUAGAUUAUCAAUAGAUAGAUGAUAGAUAGGUGAUAGAUUAUCAAUAGAUAGAUGAUAGAUAGAUGGGUAGAUAGGUGACAGGAUAGAUAGAUGAUAGAGACAUAUAAAAUAAUAACACACACACACACACACACACACACACACACACACACACACACAUAUGCUCUGUUCUGAUUCUCUGGAUAACCUUGAUUCAUGCCCAGGGAUAAAGAUCGCUAAAAAUCAAUGUAUAUUGAUUCAUCUGUAAAAUGAAACAAUUCUAAAGUUGUAUGCUCCUGUUUUUAAGUGGCCUCAAAAUAUAUAAACAAUCUACAACACCAAUAUCAAAUACACAUACAUUUACAAUUACAUGGUGAAAAUGUUACAUUUCACUCAGUAACUGUUAAGACAAGCAGACUAAAACGAGUAAAGAUUAAAAUUUGAACUAUAAUUACAGAUGAGUUCAUCAUGAUCAUCAUAGGACAUUAAAUUCAAUGAUUCAGAGUAUGUAUUUUUCAAAAGGCACGUGGAAUAUUUGUAAAAAUUGACUAUACA